AGCGCGCACUCGUCACUAGCCUUAGGGUGCUGGGCUAGCAGAGCUCACAGAUUCGGGCAGGCGGCUGGGGCGCGGGAACGCGAUGUACUUCUGCUGGCGCGCUGGCCGCCGAAGGCCGCUGCGGGAGCGCCAGGUGUGUGCUGGCGGCAACACGCUACUGCAGGCGGCCAGUGGGGAGCAUCACUCGCUACUGCUGCUGAGCGACGGCACGGUCCAGUCGUGCGGGGACAACAGCCGGGGCCAGCUGGGCCGGAAAGGCACGCCGCGCGGGGAGCAGCCAGAACGAAUUCCGGCAUUGGAAACUCUGCACGUGGCUCUGGUGAGCUGUGGAAAGGAGCACUCCCUGGCUGUCUGUCACAAAGGAAGGGUCUUUGCGUGGGGAGCUGCUUCUGAAGGACAGCUGGGAAUUGGAGGAUUUAAGGAAACGUGUAUACCUAAGAAGAUAAAAACUCUGGCUGGUAUAAAAAUUAUACAAGUUGCCUGUGGACACUACCAUUCCGUGGCAUUAUCAGAAGAUGGCCAAGUGUUUUCAUGGGGGAAGAACAGCCAUGGACAGCUGGGCCUGGGGAAGGAGUUCCCCUCCCAAGCUAUCCCACAGAGGGUGAGGUCCCUGGAGGGGAUCCCGCUGGCACAGGUGGCUGCAGGAGGGGACCACAGCUUUGCCCUGUCACUCUCUGGGACUUCAUUUGGCUGGGGAAGCAACAAUGCAGGGCAGCUGGCCCUCAGUGGGAAUAACGCCCCAGUUCAAAGAUAUAAGCCUGUAUCAGUUGGUGCACUGAAGACUCUCGGUGUGGUUUCUAUCAGCUGUGGUUCCAAGCACACUGCAGUGCUUACCCAGGAUGGGAAAGUAUUCACAUUUGGAGACAAUAGCUAUGGACAGCUGGGACACGAUCCCACUGCUGAGAAGAGGGGUCCACAACUUGUGGAAAGAAUUGAAGGCCUCGUUUCACAGAUAGACUGUGGAAGUCUUCACACCCUUGCAUAUGUCUAUACCACUGGUCAGGUGGUGUCUUUCGGUCGUGGACCAGGUUGUGCAAGCAGCUCACCACAUGCGGGGGCUCUGGCAGAGAGCUCUGACAUUAGCUGCCUGAUUUCUGCUAAUGACCUUGCGGAUGUUCAAGUCAAACAUAUUUUUGCUGGAACAUAUGCCAACUUUGUGACAACUUACCAGAAGGAUACUAGUUCCACCAGUGUUUCCAGGAAAACCCUGCCAGAAAUAAGCCGAAUUAACCAGUCUCUGAUAGAAAAAUGGAUGGCAGUGGCAAAAAGAAGUAUAGAAGAUGAAGUGGCUAAGAGGUGGCUCUAUCUGAUAAAUGAAAUUAGAGUGAUAUUUUCAUCUCCUGCUUGUCUGACUGCAAGUUUUUUAAAGAAGAGAGAACCUGGAGAAAUUAUUUCCAUUGAUGUGGACUUAGAAAUGGCAAGAAAUACCUUCAAGAAGUUAACAGAAAAAGAAUGGAUUUCUUCGAUGAUAACCACAUGUCUCAAGGAUAAUCUGCUUGGGGCUCUUCCAUGUCGUUCUUCACACCAAGAAGCUUUAUCAGUCUUCCUUCUGCUCCCAGAGUGUCCUGUCAUGCUUGAUUCCAGGAACUGUAUAACUCUGGUGGUUCCAUUUGCAGAGACUAUUCGUAAAAUGACCAAUCAAUCUUCAAAAGUCCUGAAGCAGUGUUGGACAUCUUUGCAAGAAUCUUCUCUCAACUCACUUGUCCAGAUGCUGAAAACUGCCAUCAUUUCUCAAAUGAUUUGCUGGACUGAAACUGUUCAGAGUAACCACAAUGUUAAAACUCUUCUGGAAGUGAUGAAAGACGUGUAUAAGGUAAACAAAACUAACUGUCGAUUACCAGAAGAUAUGUUCCACAUAAAUGAAUUCUCCUUUUUGUUGGACUUUUAUGAAGAUAGAAGAAGAGUGAUCAAUAGGGAAAAAAACCUGAUACCUGCAGAAAACUUCAAUCUGAUUAUUUUCAGUGAUUUUCCAUUUGCCUUUAAUUUGGUGUCCAAAAUUAAAUUAUUGCAAGCUGAUUCCCAAAUAAGAAUGCUGAAAUCUGAAGUGAACAACUACAUGGAUUUUAGGGGAAUAAUUCUGCCAAGAAGGGAUGAAUCUCCUUCAUUUACGCUUAGAGUCAGACGAAGUCACUUAGUUGAAGAUGCUCUAUGUCAGUUAAGCCAAGCUGAAGACACUGACCUCCAGAAAAUAUUAGUGGUUGAAUUUAUUAAAGAAAUUCGUUCUGUGGGGGAAGGGGUGAAGUCUGAGUUUUUUCACUGUAUAUUUGAAUCUAUGACCAAGGAAGAAUAUGGAAUGUUCAUAUAUCCCGAAGAGGAUUCCUACAUGUGGUUUCCUGUCAAACCUAAAUUUGAGAAGAAGAUGUAUUUCCUCUUUGGGAUGCUGUGUGGACUCUCCCUAUAUAAUUUUAAUGUUGUCUACCUCCCUUUCCCACUGGCUCUGUUUAAGAAACUUCUGGACCAGGAGCCAUCAUUGGAAGAUUUAAAAGAACUCAGUCCUUCUUUUGGAAAGUGUUUGCAAGAAGUUCUAAAUGAUGAUGCUAAUGACAUUAAAGAAGAAUUUGGCCUACGUUUUUCUAUACACUGGGACCAAAAUGAUGUUGAUUUAAUUCCAAAUGGGAUUUCUGUAUUUGUAGACCAAAGCAACAAGAAAGACUAUGUUUCUAAGUGUGUUGAUUAUGUUUUCAACACCUCUGUAAAGGCAGUUUAUGAGGAAUUUCAGAGAGGAUUUUAUAAACUUUUUGACAAAGAGAUACUUAAACAUUUCAAGCCUGAAGAACUAAUGAGAGCAAUAAUUGGAAAUACUGACUAUGACUGGGAACAAUUUGAAAAGAAUUCUAUAUAUGAGCAAGGAUACCAUGAGUCACAUCCUACUAUACUGAUGUUUUGGAAAGCUUUCCAUAAUUUAACUUUGGAUGAAAAGAGAAAAUUCCUCUUUUUUCUUACAGGAAAUGAUAGACUACAUGUAAAAGGCAUACAGAAACCAGGAAUCCGGUUUUGCUGUCCUGAGACUUGCAGUGAAAGCGAUUUCCCAAAAUCACUGACAUGUCAUAAUAUUCUGGAACUCCCUAAAUAUUCUACAAUGGAAAAAGUGAAGGAAGCACUUCAAAUAGUCAUCAACAGCAACAAAGGAUUUAUCUCAGCCACAGUCACAGGGUGAUAGUGACCUCUGAGAGGCUCACAUCUCGGGUCCUCUCACCCUACGAUCCUUCUGUUCUUUAGUACAGGAGUACAGUUUCUUCUUUAGGUCUGAUGAGUACAAAGGUUGAUGGAUUUUAGAUAGAAUAAGUUGACAAAUGCUGGGAUAAACAAUGACAUGAUGAGUCAAGGAUAAUAUUGUUAAUAAACCAGCAUUUCCUGGUCCUUAAAUUUGCUAUGAGAAUGAUUGCUUUUUACUGAAUUAUUAUUCAGGAAAUAAUUGCUUUUUACUGAAUUAUUUCCUGAAUAAUAGUUAGCAUUUUAAAAUAUACUGAAUAUUAAAAGCUAAAAGAUAACUCUAAAAAUAUUGUACAUCUAAUAAGUGAAAGUGAAGUCACUCAGUCGUGUCUGACUCUUUGUGACCCCAUGGACUGUAGCCUACCAGUCUCCUCCAUCCAUGGAAUUUUCCAGGCAACAGUACUGGAGUGGGUUGCCAUUUCCUUCUCCAGAGGAUCUUCCUGACCCAGGGAUCGAACCCUGGUCUCCCAAAUUGCAGGCAGACGCUUUACCAUCUGAGCCACCAGGGAAACCCUAAUAAAUAAUUUACAAAUAUGAAGUUCGAAAAAAUAAAGCUGUAAUUGAAUUCA